UGCCGGUCUGUCUGUCUCUCCUUUUUUUUUCCUACCUUUCGCAUACUCCUACCUUAUUUCAUUUCCAAAUCUUACCUGUCCAGUUUCCCAACUAGCGGAUCACCGCAGAAACCACCAAGCUUAUCUACCUAGCUCCCCUAGCUCUCCCAGCUUCCCACUUACCUAUCUACACCACACACACUCUCUCUCUCUCCCAAGAGUUAACCUCCAAAACGAACCAAAAUGAACGCCGCCUCCCUCGGUGACGCCUCUCUGGCGGCCACCGACUACCCCACGGCCUUAACCCACUACACGACCGCCCUUCUCACGCACCCGCGCUCCCCCGCCUACUACAUCAAACGCUCCACGGCCUUCUCCCGCCUCAAACCCACCCCGAACCUGACCUCCGCACUCCGCGAUGCCGAAGUCGCUGUGGUGCUUGCGCGCGAGCGCGGAAAACGCGAGCUGAUCGUGUCGGCGCAGAUGCGACGCGGAAUUGUCCUGUUUUUGAUGGGGCGGUAUGCGGAUGCGGGGUUUUUGUUUGGACGGGUGGAGGAGAUGAUUGGUUUGAAAGGAGAAGGGCAGGCGGGGGAGGAGGAUAAGGAAGAGAAAUUGAGGAAUGCGAUGGGUGGUGGGGCCGGAGGGAAUAAGGCUGUUGAGGCGGAGGUGAAGAUUUGGAGUGCCAAGGUUAAGGGGAAGAUUUCCGCUGGGGAUGUUGGGGAGGUGGAGAUUAAGGAGGUGCCUGAGGGGGUGAAGGUUCCUGGAGAGGGGGAGUUGAAGGCGCAGUUGGAGGUGUUGAAGGGGGGGAAGGUGGAUGUUGGUGGUGAGGGGGAGGGGAAGGAGGAGAAGAAGGAUGGGGAGAAGAAGGCGGAAGAGAAGGUUGAGGCUAAGGAGGAGGCUUCCCAGCAGCAGGCCAAGGCUCAGCCUGCCGUGGAGAAAGUCCGCCACGAAUGGUAUCAGUCGACCGACAGGGUGGUGGUGACGCUGUACGUGAAGGGAGUGCCCAAAGACAAGGUGGACGUGGAGCUGAAGGAGGACACGGCAUCGCUGCAAUUCCCCCUUCCCUCCGGCGCCGAAUAUGACUUCACUCUCGACCCGCUCUUCGCGCCCAUCAACCCCUCCGCCUCCAAAGUCUCCGUCAUGUCCACCAAAAUCGAAAUCCUCCUGUGCAAGCACACCGUAGGCCAGAAAUGGAGCGCCCUCGAAUCCACCGCUACAGACCUCAAACUCUCCGAUCGUCAGGCCGCCCUCAACACCACCACAACCACCACUGCCUCCGCACCUGCCCCCGCACCCGCCUACCCUACCUCCUCCCGCCACGGCGCCAAAGACUGGGACAAGCUCGCCUCUUCCCUAACCGCCAAGAAACCCAAGGAGAAGACAAAGAAAACUAAGACCAACGGCGAAGGCGAAGGCGAAGACGAAGCCGACACUGACGCAGAAUCCGUCAACUCCGACUACGGCGCCGCCGACCCCGUCGACGGCUUCUUCAAGAAACUCUACGCCAACGCAGACCCAGACACCCGACGCGCCAUGAUGAAGAGCUACGUCGAGAGCCAGGGCACCUCGUUGAGCACGAACUGGGACGAAGUCAGUCAGGGACCGGUGAAGGUGAGACCGCCUAGUGAGUAGAUUCAAUCACGAAGAGAAGAUGAGAAACAGAGAGUAGGAAGACAUGCAUGUUAUAUUGUAGGAUGCUUGCAAAUUGCAAAAGCGUGAGGAGUUCUAUGGGGGUACUAACUGAUUGUGGCUAUGUUUUCGGGAUGCUUUUUCAUUUUUACCCUAAUACUAACUACUACUACUACUACUACUACUACUACUACUACUACUACUACUACUACUACUAUGAGUAGUUAGAUAUGUUUUGAAAAAAAAAAAAAAGGAAAAAAAGAAGAAAAAGAAAUGGAUGAC